UCCAAAUAAAAUCAUGUUGCCAAAGGAAAAAAUAAAACCAAUUUAAGAAACACUUAUAUUUCUCAAUUCCACGAGAUAAAUUAAUUAAAUAGAAAAAGCAAAAUUUAGUACUUUAUAAAAAAUAUUUUACAUAUCAAAAAGGUAGCUAUUUCGAAUUUAAGAAAAUAAUGCUGCAUUUGAUCCACAGAUUCCUUGAUUGGAUCAGAAGUCUGUUUUGGAGUCAAGAGAUGGAAAUAGUAAUAUUAGGUCUACAGCAAGCCGGCAAAACAACUUUCGUUAAUCUGAUAGCAAAUAAUUACAAUGAAGAUACCAUACCAACAGUUGGAUUUAACAUGAGAAAAAUAAAAAAAGGUAAAAUAUGCAUCAAGGUUUGGGACCUUGGUGGAGAACGUCGAUUUCGAGGAAUGUGGGAAAGAUAUUGUAGAGGAGUUAAUGCUAUUAUUUAUAUGGUAGAUGCUGCAAGCACAGACUUCAACGAGUCAAAACAAGAGCUUCAUGAACUUCUAUUAAAACCGCAAUUGGCAAACAUUCCUCUUUUGGUUCUGGGUAAUAAGAUCGACUUGCCUCAGGCCGUUAGUCAUAUAUUACUGAUAGAUAAAAUGAAGCUACAAAAAAUAGAUAAGAGAGAAGUUUGUUGCUAUAUGAUAUCAUGCAAAGCUGAAAAAAAUAUCGAUAUUACUCUUCAGUGGUUAAUAAAGCAUUCCAAAUCACUAUGAUAAUAAAAACAAAUUAAUAAAAAGAAGCAUAGUUUGAAAUUUUUACAUUGCAGUUCACAGAGAGAAUAAUUCCAUUUUGAAUUCUUAAAAGUACUUUGUAUGUCAUUCAGCAAUGCUUGCAUUAUGACAUUAAUCUCAUUCUGGCUUUGCAAUGUAUCUAUUUUUAUUUACUCAUCAGGAAAAUAUCUGUAAGUCCAAAUAUUUCUAAUUUAAGACACUGCAUCAUGAAAUUCAACAUAACUCAAAGUAACAUACAAGCAAAUUUUAUUUAACAUUUCCAAGAUACAAAAUAUUUUGCUAUUAAAUAAUAAAACAAUACUUAAAUAUAGGAUAAGGUUAAAGACUAGUAUUACAAAUUCUCACAAUACAGAAUAAAAUAAGAGUCUAUAAAAAUUGUGCAUAUUUACUGCCUUAAACUCAUUGAACUAAUUUUGGAAGACAUAGUUUGAUGUCACAGAAUAAAAUGUAUAUUAUGAUUCACAGAAUAAUUAUUAAAAAAUAAGAUGUUCUCGACAUUUUAGAAUAAAUUUUAUGGAAUAAAUAUAAGUAAAUAUUUAUUUUGUCUUUCAUUAAUUCUGGGAAAGAGAAUUUAUUUAGCAUUUAAAUAGAGUAAUUAUUCUACAUAGUACAAUAAUUAAACUUCUUUCUCUUAUUCUGAAAUUUCAUUUAUCAAAAUACCUGAAGAGCCUAUCAACUUUCAGAGUAAUAGUAAAUAUAGAGGGUCUCAUGUUCUAGUAAAUACAGUAGAUAUUGAUUUACACAUAACUUAACAUGAAGCAAUAGCAAAUAAAUUUUAAACUAAACCUUUUCUUUUCGUAAUUAAAUGAAUGAAAGAACUUUUCAAGUUUAUAAUGCUUAAUAAUAAAAUGAAAGGACAAAUUAUUACAUACAUUUUGAGAAUUAAUAUCAAUCAAAGGUAUCAUUACACCACAAACAAAGCUGAAAAUAAUGUUGUCUGCAUAAUACAUCUCUAUACGAUAAAAAUAAUUUCAAUAAUGAAAUAAAGAGUAAAGGCAGCAACAUAAGUGAAUUUGAUUGUGGACUCCAUGAAAUGGGCUGCCAUCCUCUGCAGUACUUUAAUAAGGAAGUCUCUCCCCUAUCAAAGUACUGCAAAGUCUGCAAACUAAAGAAAAUAUGCCCUGUUAAAAAAGCAGACCAUCUCACAUUGUUACAAAGAAUUUUACAGUUGUCUUGCAAAAAUCACAUAAAAGUUUAGUGCAGAUUCACUGUACUACAUUUUCUGCAUAAAAACAUCCUAAUACAAGGGCUAUUUCUGUCACAACAAAAGGCAGAUCCAAAUGUUAUUGAAUAAAUUACUAUGACUCUCUGUUCUUAUAGUUUAUUAUGUCUAUUAAUAUGCAAAUACUUUAUAUUAUUCUCAAAAUAAGUAGUAUUUUUGUGAUAUUAAACUAGUUAUUUUUAUAGCACAACAGAACUUUUACUACAAUCUGCAAAUAAAUCACUUGAAGGGGUAGAAAACAUAAAUGGGAAAUGAGAUCCUAUAAAAUAUUAAUCAAAGAAAUUUUAAAAUAAAGCAGAAAAUGCAAAUACUUUGCAGAUAAAACUGGAUAAAUAAUCAAACUAAUGUUACCUCCAGGAUGCCAUCAGAGCUAUCUUACUCUUAUCCAUAUAGCUUACAUUUUCAAUAUUCAUUAACAAGUAAUUAAUAUAUAGCAAUUAUUAUAUUCAAUAUUCACUAAUGGUUUUUUACCUACACUAAAUCUCAAAUAAGACAAGAUAUUGAUUAUUCUUACUUUUGCAUCAACUAAAAAUACUGUGUUUGCAAUUACUGUGCUAUUUUUUAAAAUUUCAUUUUUCAUAAAAAACUAAAUUAUACGUUAACAAAAUUAAAUAGUACCUCAGUUUUUAUACAAUUAUAUUUCCUUUGAUUCUGUAAAAACGUCUGCAUUAAAUGCAAAAAUAUACUUUAAUAAAAUAAACCAAAGCUGUAUCACAUGUUCACUCUAAUUCAGUUAUCCUAUAUAAUUGAAGUUGUUUUAUAAAAUGGUGAUUCUUUUCCUAAUUAUAAAACAUAAUUUCUGCAGUAAAUCAAUUUAAAUAUGCAACAUCACAUAUAUAAAUAAAGAAGGUUCUACUGGAUUAUGAUCUUGUUAGUAAAUGGAAGAGAAAAUAGUGCAGAAUAUUUUUGCUUUCUGGAAAACAGACUAACUUUAAUCUAAUGUUGCAUUUCAUCUAAUUUUACUGUUGUUAUUGAUGUAUUGCUUUAAAUAAAAAUUAUCACAUCAUAUAAAAUUGGUAUACAUACAUAUAUAUAUAUAUAUAUAUAAACCUAAGUUUCUCAAACUGUAAAAAUAUAUUACUAAUAAUGCUAUGCUUUAAUUAAACUUCAAGCCAAUUUUAUCAUGCAAAACUUUUAAAAACUACAUACAUUUAAUAUAAGACCAAGUACUUUGACUAAUGUUUCCUUGAAUAACAUUAUAUCACAUUUAUGUUGACUGUUUUAUGUAGAAAAGGGAAUUUUGUGCAAUUUAGAGAUGCUAAGAGGGAAUUUUUAUGGAAAUCACUGGCAGAAACUUACAUCUGAUCUGGAAUUUCAAAACCAAACUACUCAAGAAGAAUCUAAGGAAGAUAAUCUUAAUCCUACAUAGCAGCAAGAAAAUUAGUUUAUGAUAAUUUUAAUCUUAAACAAAAGGUUAAAUCUUGUCAGAACUAGGCUGACCUUUGUACAACUUUGAAAAUAUUAACUCAAAUAAGAAGUAAGUAGUUGGGGGGUAUAUAGAAGUAAGGAAACUGCUAAAAGUAUACUUUAAGAUGCUUAAGAAAAAAUGAGAUUAGGGUACUUUCUUAUUAUUAUGGCACCUCAUUUAGUUAAUAGUGCGAAAAUUAUCAAGAAAUCACUAAUACAAACCAUCUUCAAAUGGUUAGCGGUUCUAAUGACAAUCAGUUAGAGUUUGCUUGUGAUGAGAAGAACUCAGUAAAUCCCAUAUAUACUUUCUGUUUCAUAUAAAUGUUAACAAUUCCUGAUUACUAACAAUUCUGCUGCAUGUGAAGAGCUCUGAAUAUUGCAUGUAUAAUUUCUUUUCAGGAAAAAAAUAAAUAAAAGAAUAAAAAUGUUUGAUUUACCAAGAAGAGAGGAAGAUGCCAUAUCAUUCUUUCAGAAAAGAUGCAUUUUACCCUUGCAUUUGAAUAUGCAAAAAUGGCCAAUAAAUAAAACUUCAUAUCAGUGAAAGCAUUUAGCAUGCAAGAUGAAAAAGAGAUGUAAGUGAAAGAAAAAGCAUACAUUUUAACAACUGGGUCAAUGGUUUCAGAAUAACGUUUGUAAAAGUACAGCAAUUUAUUUACUGUUGGGCAGAGGAACUGGCACCACACUGUGAUGGAAGCAACUCAGCCUUUAUGAAAGAACAAUUAUUAACUGGAACAGUUUUAUGAAAAAGGUUUAUUUUCUACAUCUAAUUUGAUAACCAAAAAGCAAAUAAGUAGCCCAGAGAUAAUUGUGGAUAGAAAUGAAAAUCAGCUUGUACAGGGGGAAAAAUGAAACUAGCAGGAAUUCUACAUCUAAUUCUAGUAGAAUUCUACAUCUAAUUCGUCCACAAUACUGGAUAUUUGCAGAAAAUGGCAAAUUCUUUCUCACUCAGGUUCCAAAUAGAGAGGCAAUCUCACUCAUGGCAAAAAUCGUCCACCCUGUACAAGAGG